UCCUGGGUUCAUGGACAUCCAGUCUGUUUGAGGCCCUAGACCUGCAGCUGCUCCUGAACCAUGUCCACCACUUUGGUAGCGAAGACCCUGGAGGACCUGAGCCUGGACCCGGGCUAUGUGACCGGGGACCCCUGCGCGUCCCUCAGCCUGUCCUCCGGGAGGUCGGGACACGGUCUGCUCCGAGCCGGUUCUCGGCCUUGGAAGCGGACCGGUUCUCUGCGCAGUAGGAACGGCAGCUGGGACACGGUGAGCUCGGUACCGGAGGACGCGGCUGAAGUCCUGAGCAGGUGUCCGAGCCUGCCCGAGCUGGAGGAGUACCCGUGGACCGAGCAGGAGCUGCGGGAGGCGGUGCGGAAAGGGUCCGGCUCGGAUGCGUCUUUCACCGUGGAGGCGGUGCAGCGGCUGUCCGUGCUGCUCCGCCGGGCCGUGGUGCGCAUCUCCCGGGAGGCGCAGCGGCUGAGCGAACUCCACCGCCGGUGCACGCGCCUGGAGGUGCAGAGCGCGGCCAGGUUGGUUCUGAGUUGGACUUUGGCCGAAAAGUGCAUCUCCUCCGCGGUCAGAGCCGUGUCCCUUCACUGCAUGAGCGCCGGGGACGACGCGCGGCAGCGGAGCAAGUCCUCCCGGUGCGGACUCGCGCUCUCCGUGGGCCGCUUCUUCAAGUGGAUGGUGGAGACGCGCGUGUCGGUGCGCGUUCACGAGUACGCGGCUGUGUUCCUGACGGCCUGCGUGGAAAGUUUGGCGGAGGAGGUGGCGGCUAGAGCACUGCAGGAGGUGGAGGAGCGGGGCCGGUGCCCGGUGACCCCGGAGAUCCUGGACGGAGCCGUGAACCAGGACGCGGAGCUGUGGGGGCUCCUGCAGGUCUACGAGCAUCUGAUGUGUGGGAAAAAUGCGCACGGUGAGCUGUCUCUGCCGUCUCUACUCAGUCCAUACUCGAAGGCUCCUGAUGACCUGAUGGAGAGCAGAGAGGACAUCUACGCCCAGCUGGAGCUCCGGUCACUGGAACAGUCCCUGCUGGCCACCUGUGUGGGCAGCAUCGGCGAGCUCAGUGAUAUUGUGUCUCGAGCGAUGCAUCAUAUGCAGCGUCUUCGCAGUUCGACUCCUUCAGUUACUUCCACACGAUCAGCCAAUCAGACGGCAGUAUCCUGGGCACCGGACGCCCUGCGUACUCUCUACUACUUCCUGUCCAGCCCACAGAUGGAGUCUAUGGAGAAUCCAAACCUGGAGCCUCCGAGCAUGACGCUGACUAAAGACAGGCCUUUCCUGCUGCUGCCUCCUCUCAUGGAUUGGAUUAAAGUUGCCACAGUUCACGCAGAACAUCGCCGCAGCCUGUUGGUGGAUAGCGAUGAUGUCAGACAGACGGCCAGGCAGCUCCUCCCUGGGUUGGACUGUGAGCCACGACAGCUACGGUCGGAGUGCUGUUUCCAGUCCUUUAGGUGUAUGGAGGCUGAUGCUGCCUCAGUCCGGUUCCGGAUGGAUUUGGGUUUCAGAAUGCUCUGCUGUGGUCGAUCAGAUCUGGUCCAUCAGGCCACCCAGUUGCUGGGAGCUGACGGAGUGGAUACCAUGGACGACCAGGGAAUGACGGCUCUGAUGUACGCCUCUGCAGCAGGAGAUGAAGCUCUGGUUCAGAUGCUCAUUGAAGCCGGAGCUCAGCUGGACCUGCAGAUCCCAUCCUGCUCUGUCAGACAUCCGUCAGUUCACCCUGGCAGUCGUCACUGGGCUGCGCUGACGUUCGCGGUGCUGCAUGCUCACCUGUCUGUGGCUCAGCUGCUGUUGGAGGCAGGGGCAGAUGUGGAGGGCGGAGCUCUGCUGGAUGGUCAUGACAGUUCAGUGGAGACGCCUCUGCAGUUGGCUGCUGCUGCAGGUCAUUAUGAGAUGGUCAGCUUAUUGCUAACGUAUGGGGCAGAUCCUUUGCUUAGAAUGCAUCAUGGGAAUUCACUGACUUCACCGCUAUAUGAGGACAUGAACUGCUUCAGCUGUGCUGCAGCGCAUGGACACAGAAAUGUUCUGAGAAGGCUUCUCCUGCAGCCUCAGCACAGGAAGGAGGACAUCCUGUCUCUGGAGGAGAUCCUGGCUGAAGGAGUGGAUGAAGAAGAGGAGGAGGACGAUAGGGAGGACUCGAUUAAACCUGCACCUAGACUCUGUAAGGCCAGGAUAAAAGCUCUACAGCAAGCAGUGUAUUAUAGCGCUGAGCAUGGAUAUCUGGACGUUACCAUGGAGAUCAGAGAGAUGGGUGUUCCCUGGAGGCUGCAUACCUGGCUGCAGUCGCUCAUCAGAGCUCAUCAGCUGAGCAGACGCCGAGUCAUCUCCUCCCUCCUCAUGGAGUUCUCCACCAUCAGCCCGGAGGAUUACACCCCUGACCUCGUCUCCACAGGCAUACCUCUGAUGUUCAGGCUGUUGGAAAGCAGCAAGGACUACAUAAUAACGAAGCGUCUGGCCGCCCUGUUUUCUCACUGUUAUGGCCGCUCUCCUGUUCCUCCAAUCAAACCGCUGGAUGUCGCUGUGUCAACGCAACUCGAUGUCCACUUUCUGAACAACCAGGAGAUGUCAGAUGUGACGUUCAUGGUGGAAGGACGUCCAUUCUUUGCUCAUCGAGUGCUGCUGAUGUCGGCGUCUGAAAGGUUCCGUUGUCUGUUGAGUGACUCCCCUGACAACAUCAUCCACAUCAGUCACAUGACCUACAGCACGUUCCAGGUGAUGAUGAAGUCUCUGUACUGCGGAGGAACAGAUGGCCUCACUCUGUCCCAUUCUGAAGCCAUGAAGGUGCUGCCGGUCAGCUCAUUCUUCCAACUCAGAGGGCUUCAGAGGAGCUGUGAGAUCCAGCUGUCGAAAAGUUUGACUCUGGACAAUGUCGUCCACAUCUACCAGAUCACCAAGCAUCAUGCAGCAGCAGAACUCCGCAGGUCCUGUGAAGGUUUCUUCCUGCAGAACAUGGACCAGCUCCUGGACCAGGACGACUUCCACCGUCUGCUGCUGGGGCCUGUUGAUCAGGACGUGCUCUGCCCAGGGACUGACACUCACACUGGUCUGGCACAGGAGCACAACCAGGCCCAGAACCGACCUGAGCUGCUGCGGGACCUGGAGGCUGCAUUGAUCUACAGACUUUGCGCUGUCAAUGCGUCCUGUCGUGGGUAAAAACCCUGCGGCGCUGGUACAGAUGUUCACACAGCUGGAUAUGUCUGGAGCCAUAAACUUUGUCUAUUUGUUCUUUUUAUGGACAACAUACUGCAGUAGGUGUUUUGAAAAUCACCACAUUAUUAUUCAACAUAUUUAUCUUGACACAAGUACAGCUCUAUCAUUAGAGUAAAAUCAGUUUCUUCCUUUAAAAAAUAAUGUAAUGAGUCAAAUAAUCAUAUUUACCACUUAUUAUUCUGAUGCAUUUCGGUAGCAACUUUUCCACUUUUGUACUUUUGUUUGGGCUCUAUGUUUUAUGUUUAUUUUUUUGUGAAUUUUAUAUAAAAUUGUUUUUUUUUUAAUUAGUAAAAACCCUAGAAAGACGUUUGACUCGUGUCAAGAUUUCCUCAGAGACAAAGAUAUCCUCCUGAGACACAGUAAGUAAACAUUUUCACCAUUUCACAUUAAAUAAUUGCCUUAAUUUGAAACAGCAUGA